UCUCCAACCAAUGCAUACCUACACGCUUCUUUAAAAACAGCAUGGGUCUCUUCAUGUAUUGCCAAUGCUGAACGUUAUGUGCAUUGGCUGUGUCGGCUAGAUAAAAGUCCUGGACCUCUCGCCCUUCGUACUUUGUCCCCGGUGCUAUGGGAGCUCUGACUCAAGGUGCCAACUGUUCAGUUGACCAUGACAACAAACGGCCACGUAGUCGACUCUGAAGUCAACCGACAGUCUAUCAGCGUUUACAAUGCGAGCUCUGUCACCGAAAUCCGCAGUGCGUUGGCCGAACUGCACGUGAAAGAUGUCAAUGUGACCUCCCAACUCGACGCCUUGAUCAAUGCACAAAAAGAUCUGCAACGGGAACUGGGUCGCCUGGACCUCUUUCGCGCAAAUGCCACUACCCAAGUCUCCAGAGCGAGAGCGAUAAACAAUGGAAUGCUUUCGGACGCUGCGGCGAACGCGAAGCGUAUCUCCAAUUCCGUCAAGCGACUGGACUUAGAGCAGGAAAGGAUCAAGGCUACCUUGACCGUUGUCGAGCAAGUUGGUGAGCUCAAGGCUUGUGUGCUUGGCGUGUCGGGAUCUAUGGGAGCUGCACAGGAUUGGGAGACCGCGGCAAGCUACCUUUCACGAGCCUCCAAGAUUCCGAGUGAAGUGGUUAAUGGUCCUUUCGCGGCACGAGUUGUACCCACAGCCGAAGUCCCUGAUGCGCCCGCUGUCACUUUGGAGAACGCCUCUGCAUCUUUGUGUAAUUUGUUCAUCAGGGAGUUUGAGAAAGCGGUCAAGGACAAUGACGGUGCAAGGAUCACCCGUUUCUUCAAAUUGUUCCCUUUGAUUAACAGGUCUGAUGUGGGCCUUGACAUCUAUGGUCGCUACGUUUGUCAGGGGGUGGCAGCCAGAGCUCGAGCAAACCUCAAUGCUGGGACAGGUGGAAACCAAAGUAAAGAUGAUUUCUUCUACGCCAACGCACUGGCAAGGCUGUUUGAGCAUAUUGCUCAGAUUAUCGAAGGACAUGGCGGACUGGUCGAACGUCACUAUGGCCCAGGGAAGAUGGCGAGGGUCAUCGAACGGUUACAGGUCGAGGCAGAUCUGCAAGGCGGAAUUAUUUUGGAUACAUGGGCUGACGACCGGAGGAUCGAUCGACAUCUGACUGAAAUCAGAUCAUAUGCGUUCACUUUUCUCGUUCAAAGUUUCAUGUCCACCCAGCGAACAGCAUCCGGAACCCCUCGUGCCGGUUCUCCAGCUCCGGGCAGAACGAGCGAGGAUGAAUCCGUUGACAUGAAACAAGUAGACGCACUGCUUAAUGAGAUGACAAUCAUGCUCGGUAAAUGGUCGCUCUACACCAGAUUCGUUGCGGCCAAGUGCCACGGAGCCACAGUCGACGACGAACCGCAAAAGAUGCCUCCUUUUCUGGUCAAUUCUGGCUUGAUGAAAAAAGUGCACGACAAGCUCAUCUCACCAUUCAAUGCCAUGACAACGUUCUUCUUCCGGCGUUCUGUCGAGAAAGCCUUCCAGUUGGACGAACAGCCGCCGGAUUUGUCGCUCAACCCCAACAAGCCGUUAAACUCUAACCCGCCUCAUGUCACAUCAGCCAUUGAAGACAUCAUGUACAUUGUCAACAAGAUUCUCCAACAAUCACUGGCCACCUCGCAGAAAGCAGUCGUCUCCAAUGUCCUGCAGACACUUGGCAGAGUUCUAGGCUCCGACUUUAUCGGUAUGGAGCAGCGUAAGAUGCGCGAUGAAAGCUAUCCAAAGGCUGCGAUCCAGGGUCAACUGCCGCCCGAAGCAACAAUUGUGUCAUUUCUCGUUUUGAUCAAUAAUCUCGACGUCGCCAAAGACUACGUGGACCAAAUCGUGCGCACACGCCUUGAUCCGCCCGCAGGAUCUAUUCAUCAGUCACUGCAAGACCUCUUCCCGCAGCCGGGCGAAGCCGAGGAAGUUUCGGCUUUGUUGAAAUCUUUCACGACCGUUUUCUCUGAGAAGACAAACGAGCUUAUAUCGGAUGGCGUGAACGUUGUCUUCCACAAUGUGAUGAAACCAAGGCUUCGGCCUAUCCUGAUGGACGCGUUCCGCGACACGGACUAUCAAAUGACAAAAGAGCAACUACAAGAGCUUUCUCAGGACAUGGAUGGUGACGGCGAAACCGAUGGCUUUUCGGACGAAGUCCGUAUGCGCUUCCAGACGGGCUGGGAUGCGCUGACGAAGCCUAUUCGGCGAAUCAUGACGGAACGGACUUUCGAUCAGCUCUUAACCACCGUCGUCACAUAUCUCAGCAAAAUGCUGGAGAAACGGCUUUGGACCUAUCACGGUCGCAUCAACGAGUUCGGGGCAGCACGACUGGAACACGAUGUCAACGAAAUUAUCAAAGUGGUGGUCAAGGGACAGAAGUACAGCUUCCGAGAAGCUUUCUUGAGAUGCAGCCAAAUCUGCAUGAUCAUGAACAUGGACGAGGAAGAAUGGGAGGAAUCGGUCAACUUCGGAGGCGAAUUUGCCGACAAGCUAAAGCUCGAGGAGCGCGUCAGGGCCCGCAACAUGAUCAAAGAACGCAACUGAGGUAGAAUCACGGCAAUAAAUGAGGACUCGAACGCGGCUGGCUUUGAACACUGAUCAUUCCUCGUGCUAGUCUCAUGCUAACUUUUGUAGCACAAGCACACCACCAAAUGCGCCGGCUCCGUCCAUCCACCGGUCCUACCGAGAGAGGUGGCUAUGGCACAAACACAUUUUGUUCACGGCAGGUACCUCAACUUGCCGAUACAGGGCCCCCUGAUUCUUCUUCUGCCUCUCCUUGGUGACUGCUUUCCCACUCUAUGCUCGUGACAUAACUCCCCAGGCACGGAUCUUGUUGUCGGUGUAGCCAGAGAACAGAGUCUGGCCAUCAGCACUCCAGGCCAAGCUGACACAGUAUGGUUCUUGAGACUUCUUGCCCUUCUCAAUGUACUCAGGCUUGAGCUCGUCAACUUUGCUCUUCUUUUCCAAGUCGAAGAUGGUGAUGGAGGAGGUGGUAGCGGCGCACAGCCAGUAUCUGUUGGGCGAGAAGACAAGGGCGUGGAUUUCGUCACCGGCCUGGAGGGAGUAGAGAUGCUUGGACUCGUUGAGAUCCCAGAGCAUGGUGGUGCCGUCCUUGCCGCCGGAUGCACACAGCGAGCCAUCGGGGGAGAUGGUGACGGUGUUGAUGUAGCCGGUGUGACCAAUGUGGUCAGUUUGCAGACGGCAGGAAGCCAAUUCCCAGACCUGUUAUGACCAAUGUCAGCGGUGCGUCUCGCCAAAGACCUCAGGUAAAAACAGCAGCAACAUUUACGACUCUGCCUCAGUCCGCCGGUGAAUGUUUGUCUCAUCGCCCAAAGGGCUCUGAAGUAGCAAAUACUUAUUUUUCUGCGUAGCAUCUUGGGCAUGCCUCGGAGUGUGUGGAGUUUCCUUACCUUGACC